AUGGCUAUGGACCAGUCGCUAAUCAAGCUCGUCAACAAGCUCCAGGAUGCCUUCAACAAUGUCGGCAUCCAGAACCCCAUCGACCUGCCCCAGAUCACCGUGCUCGGAUCCCAGUCGUCCGGAAAGUCGAGUGUGCUCGAAAACAUCGUCGGCCGCGACUUCUUGCCUCGUGGUACCGGCAUCGUAACGCGUCGCCCUCUCGUCCUCCAGCUCAUCAACCGCCCAGCCGCCGCCAAGACCAACGGCGAUGCUCUUCCCGCCGGCGCCAACAAGGGCGCCAACAACCCAGACGAGUGGGGCGAGUUCCUCCACCUCCCCGGCGAAAAGUUCUUCGACUUUGACAAGAUCCGCGAAGAGAUCGUCCGCGACACCGAGCUCAAGACCGGCAAGAACGCUGGCAUCUCGCCUCAGCCCAUCAACCUCCGCAUCUACAGCCCCAACGUCCUCACCCUCACCCUCGUCGACCUUCCCGGUCUCACCAAGGUCCCCGUCGGCGACCAGCCCAGAGACAUUGAGCGCCAGAUUCGCGACAUGGUGCUCAAAUUCAUCUCCAAACCCAACGCCGUCAUCCUCGCCGUCACCGCCGCCAACACCGACUUGGCAAACUCCGACGGCCUCAAGCUCGCCCGCGAAGUUGACCCCGAGGGAACCCGCACCGUCGGCGUGCUCACCAAGGUCGACCUCAUGGACGCCGGCACCGACGUCGUCGACAUCCUCGCCGGUCGCGUCAUCCCGCUCCGCCUCGGCUACGUCCCGGUCGUCAACCGCGGCCAGCGCGACAUCGACCAGAAGAAGCUCGUCAGCGCCGCCCUCACCGCCGAAAAGGACUUCUUCGAGAACCAUCCGAGCUACCGCAGCAAGGCGCAGUACUGCGGCACCCCCUUCCUCGCCCGCAAGCUCAACACCAUCCUCAUGCACCACAUCCGCAACACGCUCCCAGACAUCAAGAACAAGAUCGGCAGCCAACUCGCCAAGUUCCAGGCCGAGCUCGCAUCGCUCGGCGGACCCAUGGGCGAGAACAACUCGGCGAGCGUGGUGCUCCAGAUCAUCACCGAAUUCGCCAACGAGUUCCGCACCGUCAUCGACGGCAACUCCAACGACCUCACCGUCAACGAGCUCGCCGGUGGUGCGCGCAUCAGCUUCGUCUUCCACGAGCUCUACGCCAACGGCGUCAAGGCCAUCGACCCCUUUGACAUGGUCAAGGACACCGACAUCCGCACCAUCCUCUACAACUCGUCCGGCUCCUCCCCCGCCCUCUUUGUCGGCACCACCGCCUUCGAGGUGAUUGUCAAGCAGCAGAUCAAGCGUCUCGAGGAUCCGGCGCUGCGCUGCGCCUCGCUCGUGUACGACGAGCUGGUGCGCAUCCUCGCACAGCUGCUCACCAAGAACGCCAGCUUCCGCCGCUUCCCCGCGCUCCGCGAGCGCUUCAACACCGUCGUCAUCCACUUUUUCAAAAAGUGCAUGGCGCCCACCACCAAGCUCGUCUCGGACUUUGUGGCGGCGCAGGCCGUCUACCUCAACACGGGCCACCCGGACUUUAUCAGCGGCCACAAGGCCAUGGAGAUUGUCAAUGAGCGGCUCAACCCGCCGCAGCCGGCGCACGACCCCAAGAAGCCCAACCCGCACGCGAUCAACAACGACAAGGACCUCGACGUGUCGCUCAAGAACGAGUCGGGCUUCUUUGGCAGCUUCUUCCAGAAGACGAGCAACCAGCCGAGCCAGGCGGUCAAGGCCAAGAAGGCGCUCAUGGAGGCGCCGCCGCCGUCGCUCAAGGCUUCGGGCCAGUUCAGCCAGCGUGAGCAGCUCGAGACCGAGGUGGUCAAGCUGCUCAUCCAGAGCUACUUUAACGUGGUCAAGGUGGAAACCAUCAGCAUGGUGCCCAAGUGCAUCAUGCUCAACCUCGUCACCCAGUCCAAGGAGCAGAUGCAGAAGGAGCUCCUCCAGGAGAUCUACCGUCCCGACGUGCUCGACGAGCUCAUGAAGGAGUCCGACCACGUGGUGGCUAGGAGGAAGGAGUGCGUAAAGAUGAUCUCGGCGCUCGAAACCGCCUCGGAAAUCAUCGCGACCGUGUAA